GAAGGAAAAUAUAGCUGACAAAAUUAGGCAUAUAUCUCCAGCACAAUUUCAAGGGGUAAAGCCUGCCUGCCUGGACUUUAAGGAAGUACCCACACAGCCACAGAGGCAUCCUCCAGGACUGGUAACAGCACUGCUCAGCCUUGCUCUUGCUGACAAAGUUUCCCCACAACACUGCAACGAUGAAUUUCCUCCGGCGGCGUCUCUCAGACAGUAGCUUCGUGGCAAACCUGCCCAAUGGCUACAUGAUGGACUUGCAGCGCCCCGACAGCUCCACGAGCUCCCCGGUUUCUCCUGCCACGGAGAGAAAGCACCUGCAGCCACCCCAGCCCUCACACUCCUCCUCUACUGGCAGCAGCAUCUUCAGCUCCAUCUCCAGCGCCAUGAAGCAAACCACACAGGCGGCUGCGGGACUGAUCGAGCACUCGGCCGGCCCCACACCCCCCAUGGCACAGAAACCCAGGAUCCUCCUGGUGAUCGAUGACGCACACACGGACUGGGCCAAAUAUUUCCAGGGGAAGAAGGUGAAUGGAGAAUUUGAUAUCCGAGUGGAACAGGCUGAGUUCUCAGAGUUGAACCUGGCUGCUUACGUCAUGGGUGGCUGCAUGGUGGACAUGCAGGUCAUGAGGAACGGCACCAAGGUGGUCAGGUCUUUCAAGCCGGAUUUUGUCCUGAUCCGCCAGCAUGCCUACAGCAUGGCACUGGGGGAAGACUUCCGCAGCCUCAUCAUCGGCCUCCAGUACGGUGGCGUCCACACGGUCAACUCCCUCUACUCCAUCUACAACUUCUGCAGCAAGCCCUGGGUGUUCUCUCAGCUCAUUAAAAUCUUCAACUCGCUGGGCCCUGAGAAGUUCCCCCUGGUGGAGCAAACGUUCUUCCCAAGCCAUAAGCAGAUGGUGAGUAACUUUGCUUUCUUCUGAUGCGACUAUGGAUGAGAUGGAGACAACUUAUGCAAGCUGAGCACAGGAAAUUGUGGUGGGAAUGCUGGGAAGAGUCUAAAUUUUGCUUACAGAAAAAUACUAGCUAAAAAGUGCUAUGCAAAAGGCACUGCUUGGGAACCUCUUUCCUUUCUUGCCCAGCCCUCCCCUAGGUCAUGUAAGGGCCCUGAAAAAAUGUACAAGAGGCUCAAAGGCUCAAAACUAAAGCAGAAUUCCAUUUUAAAACACAGUCAACAAAAAGCUCAUCCCUUAGAGCAAAGAAUCACUCUAUUCAGACAAACUGGAUUUUCCCUA